AAGCUGGCAUGCUGUGUGCAGAGGCGCGCGUUUCUUGGCAGCUAUGCCAGUAGACCACGGUGGAAGAAUAGUCCCGGAACACUCUAGCUUGGAUGCCAAACACUCUGAAGUUCGCUGUUGUUUGCGAGUUUGCACCGCUGCAGUGUCACUCAUUGCCGUUUUGGAUCGAGUGAAACUACAGAGAUUGCAUAUACCCAAAAGUUCACCUUUUCAUUUCCCACAUCCAGCUGGGCACUUGCUGCUGACCGAGACUUUUUGGGAGAGAGACCGUUGAAGCACGUGGCAGCGACAGUGAGCUCAAAACCACUUGGCUGUCCACAGUAGCGACGUAGCGACAAGCUGCUCAUCCGAGGAGCUUCUGCCGAAUGACCCGAACCCCGAACACCUGACGUUGCCCAUGGCAGUCGCGUUGGCAGUUCCUGGUGAUGUCAGCACUUUAAAGGAUGCACUUGAAGAGGGCUUUGCACGCUGCUGCAAAACAGGAGCGCAAAAACUUGAGCUGAGUCUGGAAGCGGAUCAUGCCGAGCCAAAGGAAGCUUGGCCACUAGAGAUACUGCUCUCAAAAGGAGGUCCGCAACAUGUCGAGAUCACCGGACCUGCGUGUCGCAGUGCAAGACUUGGCAACCUGCAGAUGCAAGCAGAGUCUCCAUGCACGUUGCAAAUGUGCCAUGUCACCUGUGGAAACGUUUAUCUUGAAGGAGCCGGAUGCACACUGGAGGACUGUGAGGCACGCAGCAUUGAGGUGAGCGAGACUGGUGCGUGUGCAUUGCGUGGCUGUCAUGUGAAAGGCGCCCGUGUGGGGGUUUCAUUGCGAGGCCCAGUGACAUUGGAGCAGAUCCAAGUUUCUGAUUCUGUCAUUGGCAUCAGCGUGUUUGGCAAUUUGGAUAUUUGUCUGCACAGCUGUCAUUUACGUUGCUGCAGCGCUGCUGGAUUGGUGUAUCACGUAGACAUGCCCAUGAACUCUGAGUCCACUUUGGUGCCCAUGCUGCGCUUGGUUUCAUGCACAAUGAAGGACUGUGCGAGGGAUUUGGAGGUGCGACUACAUGUGUCGGGGGCAGAAGCAGUGACCUUUGACUGUCUUCCGAUUCCUUCUGGCAAACACGAUGUAGCACGCCGCGGAGGGCAAUGGUGGAAGUUGGAGGUCAGUGACGCUGGACACAUCUCAUGGUUUGAGCCACCGAUUGCUGAGCCUCCAAAACCACGAAAGAAACGCGCAAGAAGGGCGCUUCAGGUGGAGAUGAGCUCUCCCCUGCUGAGCUUGCGGUUUGGCCCAAAUGAGGCUUGGGCAUGUGAGUUGCUUGGUUUGAACUGCGAAGAGCUGACGCUGCAACAACUUGGGGCAGCAUACCGCAGGAAAGCCAGAGAGGUGCAUCCGGACAAGCAGCCUCAUGCGGCACAGAGCACCUCCAGCUUCCACAAAGUCUCGGCGGCUUACGAGGCCUUACUUGCUUGCUUCAGCGCUUCACCAGUGGAGAAACGCCGGCGGAGAGGGGAAGCAGUUGGAAAAGUGUUGUUGCAUUUGUGCCCAUAAUGCCAUAAUGAAAUGAACAAUUUUCAACAUCUGCGAGUAUUUUGACCAUUGACUACUGCAUGACUUCAUGGAUGCCAGGUCCAGGAUUUGUUUCUCCGAG